CUCAUAUUCAAUGUAAGUAUGGUUCUCUUUCUACGGACGUAUGUAUGUAGCAAUUUUGAGCAAUGAGACUGAAGGGAGAACUCUCAAGAGAAGUGCUGUUGUAAUACAGAAUCCAAAUUUUCGAGUUCUCCUUCAAACCUUAACAAUCCAUUUUUCAGAUCGAUCAAUUAGGUAGAACAAAACGCAAGACUGUGAAUAAUUCCAUCAACAGCAGCAAUUCAAUACUCAUUGAAAAGUUAAAGAGAUGGGGCUUCUCAGCAUCAUUCGCAAAAUCAAGAGGAAAGAGAAAGAGAUGCGAAUUCUCAUGGUGGGGCUUGAUAAUUCUGGAAAAACAACCAUUGUUCUCAAAAUCAAUGGGGAAGACACUAGCGUUAUCAGUCCUACAUUGGGUUUCAAUAUUAAGACCAUUGCUUAUCAAAAGUAUGCUCUCAAUAUAUGGGAUGUGGGAGGCCAAAAAACCAUAAGGGCGUACUGGAGAAACUACUUUGAGCAGACAGAUGGUUUGAUUUGGGUAGUUGACAGUUCAGAUAUUAGACGAUUGGAUGAUUGCAGGGAUGAGCUGCAUAAUCUCCUGAAAGAAGAGAGGCUAUCGGGAGCAUCUUUGUUGAUAUUUGCAAACAAGCAGGAUAUACAGGGUGCUCUUUCUCCUGGUGAUGUUGCCAAAGUGCUCAACUUGGAUGCCAUGGAUAAGACACGACACUGGAAAAUUAUGGGUUGUAGUGCAUACACUGGAGAGGGGCUGCUCGAGGGAUUUGAUUGGUUGGUUCAGGAUAUUGCCUCCCGAAUUUAUGUGCUUGACUGAUGCAAGUCUCUAAUGUGUUGAUCAACCGUAGAAUCUCACAAAUUAAUAGUUUGGCAAAGUCAGGUUUUCUUGUUUCUUUGCUCAUAUCUCGUUGUACGGCAUGAUGAUUUAUGUUGUGUACAGGACUACUUUAGUUUUAUUGGACUCCAACUUCCCAAGUCGAUCA